GUAACUUACUUCCACUUUCGGCACUUUAAGUAUGUUUUGAUGCUAAUACUUUUGUACUUUCACUGAGUAUUUAUUGUGAUAUUACUACUUAUACUUAAGUAAAAUAUCUGAGUACUGCGUCCACCACUGGUAUUUAUACACCCAGUCCAGCAGGUGGCGCUAAAUCCACAUGUCUCAUUCAAUAGUGAAAUGAUCAGUGCGCAUGCUCACAGACAUUAACCUGGAAGUGUAGCUAGUAAACAACAGACCACGACGCUUCGGAGAGCGAACUUCUCCUGUUUUUAUCCUCACGCUGCCGCUAACAUGUCUAAGAUCGAGAUGCUGAGGCUGCUCAUCAACCAGCGGCUCACCGUGGCCGCUGAGGAGAUCUUCGGGGUGUUCGGGAGAACCAUAGCCGAGUACGAGGAGGAGAUCUCCCGCUCCAAGCUGGAGAUCGACCGCCAGGGCCGGCUGCUGGACCUCUCCAGGAAGCCGCAGAUAUCUUUGCAGGUCAACAGCACAGCUCUCUGUGAGCAGCAGGAGUGGAGCUCCAGUCUAAGUGAGCCCACACCUCCGCCCAUCAAAGAGGAGGAGCUGUGGCAGGAUGAGACGUCUCAGACGGCGGAGCAGAACGACGUCAAGUUUGUGUUGUUCCAAAGUGGCGACGUGAUAAACGACCACCAGACCUCCUCGCUCUCAAAGCUCCAGGACCUGGACGACUUGGAGCCGGACCCCCAGCCGGGCACCUCGGUCCAGCAGAACUGCUCAGAGCUCGAGGAGGACGCCCCUGAGGCUGCAGGGAACAGCCAGCUAGACUGUGUCGACCUGGACGCGUCGCUGUCUGAGGUGGUGGACUCGUACAUUUGCACCAUUUGCGGCCGUGCAUUUGCUCAGCGGGGCCACUGGGCCAAACACGUGCAGGUGCACCGCAAGGUCGAGACCAAAGUCGACAAGUCGUACACGUGUGACAUUUGCGGGAAGAGACUCACGCGGUUUGACGGUUAUCAGAAACACUUGAGGAUUCACACGGGUGAAAAGCCUUACUGCUGCGAUGAGUGCGGACGCAGAUUCAGUGACAACUCGAAUUACAAACGACACAUCCGCACACACAUGGGACAAAAAACCCAGCAGAGCUGAGGCUGUUGGACCAGCACUCACAUUUACACUGAUGUGUUGAGCAGGACGGACCGGCAAACCUUUGUCGGAGGACGCUUCAUGCACAUGACGGCCAAUCAAAUGUCCACUACGUUAUUGCCCUUCCUCCACACAUUGAUGUUUUUCAUUUUAUUUAAUCUGCAUUGUUUGUUUUUAAUAACGACACCUCUAAAAAACGUUGCUAAGUAAAACCCAGAACAAAUGAUUAGACCGUGUUCUGGAUUUAAAAGGUUUAAAGUUUUGCUUUUAGUUUGCUUGUUUGUCAUUGAAACUGAGCGUUUCCCGAGAGGAUAAAUGUUGGGCCACCAAACAUCUCACAUUUUGUUGUGCUGCUAAUAAACAAGAGGAGAUAGAACAGCAUUUUAAAGCAUCAACAUUUCAUUGUGGAUACAUCAAUGAACAGGAAACUUUGAGUUUUCAUAUUUAUCCACGUUUGUGUGAGCAUGGACCAAGACGAGGAAGAAGAGACAUUUAUUGUAUUUUUAUAUCUAAGAGACAUUUAUACACUGGAGGAAGCAGUGAUGUUGCACUUUACAGACACAUCAAACAUAUCAUGUCACGGUCAGUUUGAUGUCAGUUUAGAUUUAUAUUUGACUUGUUUGUGAAAGCCUGUGUCCACUAAAGAUCUUUUACAGUUUUUUAUCACAAUGGUCGUGAGGCAGUGCUGAAGGCAGAUCUACAUGGAAGCAUUCAGGAGAUGUGAGGAACAUCAGGGUGUCCUCAAAUAAACAUGGCUGUCAAUAAUGCUUCCACAGGACUGUCCCACAUGUACUGACGUAAUAAAAUCAGAUGAUUGAAAAGGUAUUUUCAUGUUCCUCCCAUUGUUCCAAAGCUUUAUGUUUGAGUGGUUCAGAUAUUUACACUUUCCAAGAAAUGUUUAUAUUCUCAUGUAUUUACGAUCUCAUGAUGUCACUCAUUUUAGUAAAUAAAGUUUUCCUUGACACUAGACUUUGGAAAACUAGACAUAUUGAAGACUCGGGAACUAUAAUGCUUCUCUUGAUCGUUGGCUGUCAGCUCAUCUGUUUCUGCAGCAUCACUUUUCAUUUGG